AUGGCUGGUUUCGUUUUGUGUGAGCCAACAACACUUUACAACAUCUUGAAUCAGGAAACAAAGCACUCCAGAUUAGCAGAGCCCAACUAUCUCUAUUUACUAGAUGUCCGGACCAAACGAGAGUAUGAUGAGAGCCACAUCAUCACAGCCCAGAGGAUGAAGCAGAACGGAGGUAAUUAUGUUGUUCCAGAGUCGAUGGAUCUGGAGUGUGUGAAAUAUUGCAUCGUUUAUGAUGGAACAACCAACUCCUUGGAGGUGAAUUUUGAACUAGAGGCAAAAGAGAAUUUGGAAAUCUAUGAGGAUGAUGAAGAAGACAAUGUUGUGAUGGGGGCUGCCAUAGAGGGUGCCAAGGUCUUGGCGGAGUAUACUCGCUACCCUGUCUAUAUCCUGAAUGGGGGUUAUGAACGUUUCUCAGCUUCCUAUCAUUUCUUCAGGACACAGAAGAUUUUCUGGAUGCCUCAGGAACUGGAUGCAUUUGAGCCAUACCCUAUAGAGAUAGUGCCUGGAGAGGUCUACCUGGGAACUUUUCGACAGGCCUGCAGUUCUCAAAUUCAUAAGCAUCUGAAAGUCAAAGCUCACGUCAAUGUCUGCUUGGAAACGACACCCUUCUUUGAGGGAGAUGAGAAGAAACUUCUUCAUAUCCAAGUGACCGACUCCCCAGAACAGGAUCUUUUCUCCCAUUUCCGGCAUGCCUCUCACUUCAUGGAUGCCCAUGUUCAUCUUGGUUCUGUCGUCCUCGUUUUCUCUACCCAGGGAAUAAGUCGCAGUUGCACUGUGAUUUUGGCUUAUCUCAUGCAUCGGAAUAGAGAAUCCUUAAAGAGAUCCUGGGCCCACGUGCAGAGCUGUAAGAACAACAUUCGGCCCAACAGAGGCUUUGUGCAGCAGCUGGUGGAAUGGGAGAAGGUGAUCCAUGGGGCCGCUGUCACCGACAUUUCAGACCCCCUUUACUGA